GGGUCACGAGACUCUUUCCUCCUCCUGCUUAAGGCUGGGCGCGGGGCAUGCCGGGAGCAGCAGAGCAGGGCCCGCGGCCUCCCGUCGUGCCCCGCGGCGCCCAGGCCGCAGCCCGAGCUCGCCUGCCUUCCGCCCGGGAGGGCCCUCCGCCGCCGACAACAUGGAGCAGCGCCGAGGCGGAGCGGGAGGAGGAACAGGAGGAGGAACAGGAGGGGGGCCCGCCCGCGCCCCCGAAGGGGAUAGCGGGAAGGUGACCACGGUGGUGGCCACGCCGGGCCAAGGGCCGGACCGCCCGCAGGAGGUCUCCUACUCGGACAUCAAGGUCAUCGGCAACGGCUCCUUCGGGGUGGUGUACCAGGCCCGCCUGGCCGACUCGGGGGAGCUGGUGGCCAUCAAGAAGGUGCUGCAGGACAAGCGCUUCAAGAACCGGGAGCUGCAGAUCAUGCGGAAGCUGGACCACUGCAACAUUGUGCGCCUGCGGUAUUUCUUCUACUCCAGUGGGGAAAAGAAGGACGAGGUUUACCUCAAUUUAGUCCUGGACUUUGUGCCGGAGACCGUCUACCGCGUGGCCCGGCACUUCACCAAAGCCAAGCAGACCAUCCCUGUCAUCUACGUGAAGGUGUACAUGUACCAGCUUUUCCGCAGCCUUGCUUACAUCCAUUCUCAAGGUGUCUGUCACCGGGACAUCAAGCCCCAGAACCUCCUGGUGGACCCCGACACGGCCGUACUGAAGCUUUGUGACUUUGGCAGCGCAAAGCAGCUGGUGCGGGGAGAGCCCAACGUCUCCUACAUCUGCUCUCGCUACUACCGGGCGCCCGAGCUCAUCUUCGGAGCCACCGAUUACACCUCCAACAUCGAUAUCUGGUCGGCCGGCUGUGUCCUGGCGGAACUGCUCCUGGGCCAGCCCAUAUUUCCCGGCGACAGCGGUGUGGACCAGCUGGUGGAGAUCAUCAAGGUGCUGGGCACGCCGACGCGAGAACAGAUCCGAGAGAUGAACCCCAACUACACAGAGUUCAAGUUCCCCCAGAUCAAAGCACACCCCUGGAUCAAGGUGUUCAAGCCCCGCACGCCGCUGGAGGCCAUUUCGCUGUGCAGCCGGCUGCUGGAGUACACGCCGGCCACGCGCCUCUCCCCACUGGAGGCCUGCGCCAACAGCUUCUUCGACGAGCUGCGAGAGCCCAACGCCCGGCUACCCAAUGGCCGCGAGCUGCCCCCACUCUUCAACUUCAGCCCUGUGGAGCUGUCCAUUCAGCCGGGCCUGAAUUCCAACCUCAUUCCGCCACACAUCCGGUCUCAGACCACUUCGGUGGGAACAGCAACGAGUUCAACAACCGCACACAGCGAGGGGAGACUCGGACCGGACCGGAGCCAGGGCACGCCGGGGGACGGCAGUGGCACGGGACCCAUCGCCAACACAUCCUGAGGAGCUGCCUCUGGGCCGGGGGGCAGGUCCCCUCCACCACCCCCUGCCCCCCACCGGCCACUCACACGGACUUCUCUGAACUGUGAACAA